UAUCAUGAUCCAAUACAGGUAUUGGGCUGAUGAAUAAUAGGGAAAUGAAAGGAAGGCGCCAGGUCGAUGUCAAUGGUUAUUGUCUGGGACUCAUCAGUGUAUUUGCAGUUGUUGGCUGUUGCUCUCUCUUUCUUUACCAAUUUGCAAAACACAAUGGCAAAACCAACAGCAUUCUGAGUAAAAGAAUAGGAGCCCUGAACAAAACUGCUUAAAAUAUGAGGCAGAGAGAGUUUCAUAGGGGAGGGAUUACGAUUACUAUGUUUGUGUUAGUGGGUUUGUUUCUUUGGUUCUCAAAUGUUGACGCUUCCAUCCAUGAGUAUAGAAUGGAAGCUUUUAGCCCAAAAUCAGAUGCAUUCUUUUUCCAUGGUGGCAGUGAAGGCCUCUAUGCUUCUAAGCUCCAUGAACCCACUUCCCCUUCUGAAACUAAACAAUCUUUCAAGGGAAAGUCCAUUAUCAGUUUUGACUCGGUUACCUUUGUGAGGCCGAAAGAGUAUGCUAAUAGGCAGAAUGAAAUGCAGCAGAACACAGGAUUAGUGGAAGCAAUCAUACUUGAUGUUAAGGAUAGAGAAAGGAUUGGAGGGUCUUUCUUAAAGUCUGAUCAUGUCAUUUGCUGCAACAAGCAACUUUCAGACCAAGGGUCCUGCAAACUUGGUGAGGUUAUCAUCCAUAAUAACCCGAACAACCCCGGGUGGCCCAAACGCAUUAAGACCUUUUUUCAAGGGAACAAUGAAGAAGUUAAAAUGGAUCUUGAAACAGUUGAAAUAAGCAGCACUGGGAUGUACUACCUCUAUUUUAUGUUCUGUGAUCCGCAACUCAAUGGUACUCUUAUUAACGGAAGGACUGUCUGGAAGAACCCCAAUGGUUAUUUACCUGGGAAGAUGGCUCCUUUGAUGACAUUUUUUGGUCUCAUGUCUUUGGCUUACCUUGUGCUAGGCCUUGGCUGGUUUCUAAGGUUUGUUCAGUUCUGGAAGGAUAUCAUUCAUUUGCAUUACCAUAUAACGCUUGUCAUUGCUCUUGGAAUGUGCGAAAUGGCUGUCUGGUACUUUGAAUAUUCUAAUUUCAAUUCAACUGGGAGCAGGCCAAUGGGUAUUACAUUGUGGGCAGUGACCUUUGGCUCUGUUAAGAAGACUCUAUCUCGCCUUCUUCUUUUGGUGGUGUCCAUGGGCUUUGGUGUGGUGAGGCCAACUCUUGGUGGCUUAACAUCAAAAGUACUUCUCCUUGGUUUGAUAUAUUUUAUUGCGACAGAGGCACUUGAACUAGUAGAACAUUUGGGGAACAUUAAUGACUUUUCUGGGAAAACAAAGUUAUUUUUGGUGCUACCUGUUGCUUUUUUGGAUGCUUGUUUUAUUCUAUGGAUAUUCUCAUCACUGUCAAAAACUUUAGAGAAACUUCAGACGAGGAGAAACUUGGCAAAAUUGGAGUUGUACCGCAAGUUUACUAAUGCACUUGCAAUGUCUGUGUUGCUUUCUAUUGCUUGGAUCAGCUUUGAGCUAUACUUCAAUGCGAAUGAUCCACUGAGUGAGUUUUGGCAAAUUGGUUGGAUCAUCCCAGCUUUCUGGAAUAUGCUUGCAUACACUCUCUUGGUGGUCAUAUGCGUUCUCUGGGCUCCUUCACGUAACCCAACCAGAUAUGCUUACAUGGAGGAGAUGGGUGAGGAGUCUGAUGAGGAAGUUAUUGCAUUGAGCAGUGGGGACAUUGCAAUGAAGCUGGAAAGGCAGGCUAUUAUUGGAGAUGCUCUUGAAGAGGAUAAGCGCCAAUAGAUGAUAUCUCCAGUCUAUUUUAGCAUACCUAGGAAAUAUCUGUAAAUCUUUGCCAUACAGUAUGUGUUGCUAUAGGCAUGAACAGAUAAUAAAUUUUAUUUUUAUUACUCCAUCCAUUGGAAUAGAUUAUAAUAUGCUAACUUGAUAAUAACAAUAAUUUCUUGUUUGGUUUUUGUCCAAAAAAAAAAAAGAGAAGGGAAUGGGGCAGUGCAGGCAUGACGUGUUUACCAAUCAGGAAAAGGAACACGUGUAUUUCAUGUAAUACAAUAUACAUCAUUAAUUCUCGUCCCUGGUC